CUAUUGUCUCGCGCGAACGUGCCUAGUAGACGGGCUCUGGAGCUGCUCUGGCCAGGGAAGAGGAGUUGCAUGUGUCGCUUCAGCUGGCGGGCGCUGAGGCGGCAGGGGCUGCUGUGCGACCGCCUGGGUUUGUGAAAUGGCUACUGACAUUUCUGAAUCCAGUGGGGCUGACUGCAAAGGAGAUACGAGGAACAGUGCCAAGUUAGAUGCUGAUUACCCUCUUCGAGUCCUUUAUUGUGGAGUUUGUUCUUUACCAACAGAGUACUGUGAAUAUAUGCCUGAUGUUGCUAAAUGUAGGCAAUGGUUAGAGAAGAAUUUUCCAAAUGAAUUUGCAAAACUCACUGUAGAAAAUUCACCCAAACAAGAAACUGGAAUUAGUGAAAGUCAAGGAACCGUAGGAGAAGAAGAGGAGAAGAAAAAACAAAAGCGAGGUGGAAGAGGUCAAAUAAAACAGAAAAAGAAGACCGUACCACAAAAGGUUACUAUAGCAAAAAUUCCCAGAGCAAAGAAGAAAUAUGUGACAAGAGUGUGUGGCCUUGCAACUUUUGAAAUUGAUCUUAAAGAAGCACAAAGAUUUUUUGCUCAGAAAUUCUCCUGUGGUGCCUCAGUAACAGGGGAGGAUGAGAUCAUCAUUCAGGGAGACUUCACAGAUGACAUAAUUGAUGUCAUUCAGGAAAAAUGGCCAGAGGUGGAUGAUGACAGCAUUGAAGAUCUCGGAGAAGUAAAGAAGUGAUUUUGGAAACGUCUGUAUUUAUGAUCUGAACUGAAAGUUGAUAUGGCCAAAGGGAGAGGGGCCUUUUAGAAAUAUAUACAUAUUAUAUAUAUAUAUAUUUAUCCUACAGUAAAGCUGUAGACUGCUCUCUUCCUUGGCAUUUUCACUAUUCUGUACAAGGUUGCUUGGGUUUUUUAUUGCCAAAGUCUUAUAGACAAGGGAGACUGUCAUGCAUAUGCAUGAAUCUGAAUUUAGUCAAAUAAAAAAAUUUGGCCAUUUGA